AUGUCAACAUUCAUAUUUUUGGCUCUUCUCGGUGAAUCUUGGCUUUUGUUAAGAACCUCUCUGGAGCCUAUCACAGUUGAGCGCGACUUGCACACAAUGUGGCAGAACAAGUACAAUGAUAACAAACGCCAGCUUCUAUGGUAUGAGCAUUUUUACGGAUGCUGCGGUUUCAAGAAUGCAACCGAUAUGCCAAGUUCAAAGCAGUGUGAUGACUAUGCAGUGCUGGACUAUCCCGCGCACGGUUGCCUGCGGUUCAUGCGGCAGGACGUGUUCCACCACAGCAAGCUGGCGCUGCAGUGGUGCCUGCUGGCUAUUGUCGUGCAGCUUGUGGUCAUUGCGUUUGGUUACAGCUUGUACAACCUAGUCUUUACCGACGACACAACGUGGCUGCCCAUCGAAUCGGCCGACAUCAACGUGUACGAGAGCGACGUGGACGGCUUUGGGGGCAGCGGCAGGGGCGGCACGCGUGGCGGCAGCAGCAGCAGGAGAUUGGGUUUUUCUGAGGCAGCAGAGGGGUCGAAUGCCUCGGCAAUGCGCGAGCCAGAGACAGGCGCCGACCCAGGCACAAAGCAAGCAGCGAAAGCGCACGAUAGUGAGACCGAGGCUGACGAGCCCUCACCCGAGUCGCCUGCAUCUACGGCACACCAGCAGCAGCAGCAGCAGCAAGAGGAAGAGGAAGAGCAGCAGAAUGAAUCGCAGGAUGAUGGCGGCGAUGCUGCCGCCGCCGCUGCUUCUUCUGUUUCUGCCGGCGCCCCACCCAGCGCAGCCACAGCAGCCACGCCUGCCGCCAAGCCAGCCCCGAAGCAGAAGGGCAAACACAAGAACAGAUGA